UUUUUUUUUUUUUUUUGGCAAGGGCUUGUGAAGUUGUCAAGGGUGGGCUCAUAUCUACAAUCCUCCUGCCUCAAUUCUUCAGUUACACGCAUACACCACCAGGUUUAUUUACUUUUACUGAGGAGAUAAUUCCAUAUGAAUUUUGGAUAAAACAAAUGUAGUAUCAGUUAGGCCUUUAUUACUUACUGCAGCAUAUAUAAUCUAAAUAUAUACCUCAAUAUUCUGACCUAUAAAUAAAGUAAAAUAAUACCAAUGACAUAGGGCUGUGGUGAGAGAAGACUGAAUGCUGAAGUACUCAGCAUAUAGUGAAAGCUCAAUAAUUUACUUUCUACUAAAUGCAAUGAGCAAAAGUCUUGUACAAGGCUUAACCAUGUAUAAUCAUUACUGUAAGAACAUUACAUACAAUGGCGUUUUCAAUUCUCAUAACCAUGACAGAGGUAGAUAAUACAAUGCCCUCCUUAUAUUACAAACUUUCUGAAGAAAAGAGGCCAGGCACGUUAAGGAGUAUCUUAAAAUCUCAGGUUAGGGUUAACCCUGCUCCCUGCCGCCCUGCUCCCAUGUGAGAUACUGGGAAGAUUGCCUGAAACUCGAAAUCUAUGCUCAGCGGGCUUUAUAUCUGAGUUAAUGUCACCAUCACUGUUGUGCAGAACGAGGUGGACUAGGAGAUGCUAGGGCGACAAGAAGCUGAACACAAACCAACAGCAGGCACAGGAACUGCACCAUAUGGAUGACUCACUUGGUGUUGGUUUGUUUUUUGAGAACGAACAUUUUAGGACUAGCACUAAAGCGGGGUCUUGCCCGUUGUGGAACGGGAUCCCCAGCCCAAGGAAACGAUGGUGAGGGUCUGAGUGGGCGGGACGGGGGAGCCUCACUCGGGACCCCUCUUUGGAGUGUCGCCUCCCUGCCACUCGCGACGCCGCUCACCUGUAGGGAUUGGAAUCCACCACCUCGGCGCUCAUCUUCUCGAUGCGGACCCGGCCGCCCCCUCCGUCGCCGUCGCCCAGGACCCGCCGACUCCGUUCCUGGGCGAGUUCCCGCUCCAGCUCCCGCACCCGCUGCUGCAGCCGCUCCACAGACUCGGCCAUGGCUGGGACCCCGCCGGCCGCCGCCCCCAGCCCAGCCCGCCGCCGCCGCCGCCCCACGCUGCUCGGCUGAGCCCGCGAGGAGACACAGAAGUCUCAGCCUUGGCCUUCCAAGCCUCGGGGCCUCCCAGUUGGACACGUCUCCGUCACGCCCGCCGGCCUCCCAAGGCCCCGCUUCCGGUGCGUCGCCGUCUUCGUUCCCCCGGCGCACACUCGCUGCUCUCGGCUUCCUUCCUUACUUAGAUCCGCUAGCGCAGGCACUAGGAGACCAGGGCCCUAAGCAUCUAGCGAAGGCGGACGGCAACACUGCCUUUAUAGGGACUUUGGCAGUCUCCAACUGUGGAUUCCGAGGCUUACUGCGUGCAACAGCAAUGGUGCAGGGACAUGCCAGAUGGAGAGAGCCUGACAUCGCCGAAGUGCUUCCACAGCACAAGUUCGACCACAAAGCCCUGGAGGCCUACCUAAACCAGCGCUUGCCUGGCUUUGGUGCUCAGCCGGAGACUACGCUGACCGUUUCACAGUACAGAUCAGGACAGUCCAACCCAACCUUUUAUCUCCAGAAGGGCUCUCAAACAUUUGUACUCAGGAAAAAACCACCAGGUUCACUUCUUCCUAAAGCACAUAAGAUUGACAGAGAAUUUAAAGUCCAGAAAGCCUUGUUUGCCGUUGGAUUCCCUGUUCCCAAGCCCUUAUUGUACUGCAGUGAUGCGUCUGUCAUUGGAACAGAAUUUUAUGUGAUGGAACAUGUGCAGGGUCGAAUCUUUCGUGAUUUCUCACUUCCUGAAGUUAGCCCAGCAGAGCGCUCAGCCAUCUAUGUGGCCAUGAUAGAAAUACUGGCUCGGUUACAUUCCCUGAACCCACAGUCACUGCAGCUGGAAGGCUAUGGAACAGGCAUGGGGUACUGCAAAAGACAGGUGUCUACCUGGACAAAGCAAUACCAAGCAGCAGCUCAACAGGACAUCCCUGCCAUGAAAGAGCUCUCCGAGUGGCUCAUGAAAAACUUGCCAGAUAAUGACAAUGAGAAUACCUUGAUUCAUGGAGAUUUCAAACUAGAUAACAUAGUUUUCCACCCUACAGAGGCACGAGUCAUAGCAGUGCUGGAUUGGGAGCUGUCAACCAUUGGUCAUCCUUUGUCAGACUUAGCUUAUCUUUCUGUGAUCUACUUUUGGCCAAGGACACUUCCAGUGUUCAAUCGAGGUUCUCAUAUCCAGGGAAUAAUAGGGAUACCAUCAAUGGCAGAACUGAUUUCUAUCUAUGGCCGCUGCAGGGGAAUUAAUCCUAUUCUUCCUAACUGGAAUUUCUUUCUUGCUUUGUCAUGUUUUAAAUUGGCUGGAAUAGCACAGGGAAUAUAUUAUAGAUGUCUCUUGGGAAAUAAUUCAUCUAGAGAUAUCUUUCUGUCUGCCAAUUCUGUACAACCUCUGGCAGAAACCGGAUUACAGCUCUCAAAAAGAACGUUCACUACUGCACUGCCACCAGUUGAUAGCACCAGACACUUAUUUGUACAGACUAGAAAAGGCCAAGAAGUUCUCGCUAAGGUGAAGCAGUUCAUGAAACAACACAUCCUUCCAGCAGAGAAGGAAGUUUUUGAGUACUAUAUUCAAAAUGAAAACUCAGUGGACAGGUGGAAGCAACCUUCAGUGAUAGAGAAACUCAAGGAAAUGGCCAAAGCAGAAGGCCUGUGGAACUUGUUUUUGCCAGCUGUGAGUGGUCUCAGCCAGGUGGACUACGCCUUGAUUGCUGAAGAAACUGGGAAAUGCUCUUUUGCUCCAAAUAUCUUUAACUGCCAAGCACCAGACACAGGGAAUAUGGAAGUGUUGCACUUGUAUGGAAGCAAGGAACAGAAAGAGAAGUGGCUGGAGCCUCUUCUCCGAGGGGACAUCACCUCUGCUUUCUGUAUGACAGAGCCUGAUGUAGCUUCAAGCGACGCCACAAAUAUUCAAUGCAGCAUUGCACGUGAUGGAGAGAGCUAUUUAAUCAAUGGCAAGAAAUGGUGGAGCAGUGGAGCUGGGCAUCCCAAAUGCAAAAUUGCAGUUGUUUUGGGAAAAACUGAAAUUCCUUCUAUGUCCAGACACAAACAACACAGCAUGAUUCUGGUUCCAAUGGACACACCUGGAGUAAAAUUAAUAAGGCCUUUGUCCGUUUUUGGGUACAUGGAUUGUUUACAUGGAGGACAUUUCGAGGUCCAUUUUAAUCAAGUGCGAGUUCCCGCUUCAAAUUUAAUACUAGGUGAGGGUAGGGGAUUUGAAAUUGCCCAAGGCCGUCUUGGCCCUGGCAGAAUCCACCACUGCAUGAGGACCGUCGGCCUGGCUGAACGCGCUCUGCAGAUCAUGUGUGAGCGGGCGGCCCAGAGAGAAGCCUUUCGGAAGAAACUGUAUGAACACGAGGUCGUGGCCCACUGGAUUGCCGAGAGUCGCAUUGCCAUUGAGGAGAUCCGCUUGUUAACCUUGAAAGCUGCCCACAGCAUAGACACUCUGGGCAGUGCGGCUGCUAGGAAAGAGAUUGCAAUGACCAAAGUGGCGGCUCCCCGGGCAGCCUGCACAAUCCUUGACCGGGCCAUCCAGGUGUGCGGUGGGGCGGGCGUCUCCCAGGACCACCCCCUGGCUAACAUGUAUGCCCUAACACGAACUCUGCGCUUAGCAGAUGGGCCUGAUGAAGUCCACCUCUCAGCAAUUGCAAAAAUGGAGCUGCAGAAACAAAGCAAAAAGCUGAAAGCCAAGAUGUAAGGGAGAAGCACGCCAUGUCCAGGGCUCCUUUGUUCCGCCUUACUCAGCUCCAACACUGGAGUAUUGCAGGAGUUUAUACAAAGGGUAAUUAACUACUCACCUGUGGUAAAGAUUUUGGCAUCUAUUUUGUUCAGUGGGUUUUGUAAUUUCGAGAGUCACACAGAUGUAUGUUAAAUAAGAAAGACCAUCACGAUUGUCCUAGGUCCAGUACUUCAGUGGGAUGGCAUCCAGUCUUUAAAUGCAAAUCACAAUCAGGAUCAGGUCAUGAGUAAAUUGAGAGCUAUUUCUAAUGCACAGGCAAAGAAGAUUUUCCAUUUUUUGAUUUUCAGGACUUAUUCAUGUUAGGAAAUAAUUUGAAAUAUUUCCCGUCGCCGGGCCCAUUGGGGAUUUAACGCUGUGUAGAAUCUGCACUAAAGAAAGAUAUGCAACUGACUAGAAAUUUUGGAAUUUACUUACAUACAAGCUGCUUCAUAAUCCAAUAGGGAACACUGAUGUAUUAAAUCUGAGUGACUUUAAAGUUUAUAAGAAAACAUCAUAAGAGAAAAUUUAAGAAGCAUACUAAUUAUUGUAAAAAUGUUGAGAAGCAUGAUGAAUUUGAGGUAAAAGGGGACAUCUUCUCUGGGAGAUGCCCCAGCAGCAGUGCCCUGUGCAGCUGCCCUCGUCGCUCUGGCCCCCACUGCAGAGCUGCCAGCUGCAGGUGACUGGAGCCUCUGACCUGUGGCUUAUAUCAUUGAGGAGGGCGAGUUUUAAUUUUACAAAACUGUGGCUUCAAUAAUCAUUCUCAGCUCAGUCACUGGGAAAACUUUAAAGGAUGCCUGGAAUGAGGUAGCGAUGGUGAUGGUGAUCUACUUUUUCACCUCUAAGCUUUAGGAAAUCUAAAUACAAGUAAAGUACUUUGGAUCAAAAUCUGGCAUCUCAAUAAACUGUAAAAUACAUACCCAAUUUUGCAAUUUUAGCAUGAAAAAUGUAAAAUGUCUUAUUAAUACCUGAAAUAUUAAUUAAAUUUUAAAAUUAA